AUGCCUAUAAGAUGUGUGUUGUGUAUAAUAGAGCUUCAUUUGAAUCAGGAGGAGAUUUUGGACUUGGACCUAAAUCAGAUUUCAGAAGAUGAACCUGAUUUUACAGAAUCUGAAUACGGCCAGAUACAAGCUCGUUUCAGACACAUCCAAGCAAUAACUGCAAGAGCUAUGGAGCGCCGCCAGAACCCGUCGUCGGUUCAGUCUCCUGCUCACUUGGUAAGUGAGCAAAGUGUAGCUGAAAGUAAGGUAGGGGUCAAAAAGAUUUAUGCAGAUGUACAUUUAGUAGCUAAAGCUUUGAAGAUGGUCGAACUCGAUCUCGAACGCGAAUCUAAACUAGUUGACAGAAUUUGGAACAUUUUUGAUUGUAACAUAUGCUUGAAAAUGGCAAGAGAACCUGUUGUGACAUGCUGUGGUCACUUAUAUUGUUGGCCAUGCUUCUAUAUCUUGCCAUACCCUCCUUAUUCAGAAAGGGAAUGCCCUGUUUGUUAUGGAGAGGUCACUGAAGAAAACCUUGUUCCAAUUUAUGGUCAAACAAAUUCCGGGGAACGUGAUUUGCAAUUGGAAUACGAAAAAGCUGGUUUGAGAAUUCCUCCUCGGCCCGCGGCGCGAAGAGAAGUGAGUGUUUUAGAGCAGCUGCUAAGGGCAGGAGUUCCUCCUGCCAUAGCUGAGCUGUAUGAUAGCAUUUUUGAUGAAUUGGUUCAGAUAGAAUCCCCAAUUCAGCGACGACAGAUCAUAAUGGAGAUGCUGUUUGGUUAAUUGUAGAACAGUCAGAAAACCCUGAUGAUGAUACUCCUCAAAUUUCAGGGUCGUUAGUGCAUGGUGAUUCAAUGAUUCCUUUUUCAUAGAGUUUUUUCGAGUAGAGUAGAAUAGAAGAGUUUGUGUCUUUGUCAGGUAAGAUGGACAACAAUGUAGUCUUCUGUUC